AUGAACAACGACACGGAUGCAGUCUUCAUUGGCGAAGCCGAGAUCAACUCGAAGAAUCUCAACAUCUCUAGAUCGCGGCCAGGGAGUACUCACUCAGGCGAGGAGAACGCAACCAUUGCAAGAGGAGGCGUAGAUGCGGACAUGGCCACAGGCGAGCAGGACCCUCUGCUGCCUCUCGAGUCGCGACAAAGAAGACCGAGCGAUGCUGGCUCUGGUCAUGAAUGGGUUGGAGUAAAGGACUUCGACCAUCUCCCAUGGUAUCGCAGGCCUUCGAUCUACUGGGUCCUGGCGCCCUUCUUCGUCAUGACGUUGGCAUUUGGUGCCAUUAUAUCCCCAAGAAUCAAUCUUAUCCUCAACCUAGUCUGCCGCGAGUACAUGUCAGAGCAGCAGACCAAAAACCCUGGCCAUACUUUCCUGCCUAUCCUAUUUGAUGGAGAGAAUCCUCAGUGUAGAUCCCCAGAAGUUCAAGCACGGGUGGCGCAGUUCACCUUAUACGGAAACUUGAUAGCAGGACUGCUCUCGGCCAUCACCAGUCCAAAGCUAGGUGCCCUUUCCGAUCGGUUUGGCCGCACAAAGAUACUCGCUUUAACAAGUAUGGGUAUCAUUGCAGGAGAUGCUUUGAUCAUCAUGGCCGCUACCAAGCCGGAGACUUUCCCUGUCAACUGGAUUCUGGUUGGCUAUGCCCUCGACGGUCUUUCUGGCUCUUUCAUCGCCGCAAUGGCUAUUGCAAACGCCUAUGCUACUGAUUGCACUCCUCCCGCACGCCGCAAUAUCUCGUUUGGCUAUCUUCAUGGAUGUCUCUUUACUGGCAUCGCGUUGGGUCCGAUACUGGGAGGACUUAUCGUCAAGGCUACGGGCAAGAUUUUGUCCAUCUUCUAUGCCUCGCUGGCUGUGCACGCCGCCUUUAUUCUCUUCAUCGCCUUUUGUGUUCCUGAGUCUCUCUCCAAGCGUCGCCAAGAGGCAGCGCAGGAUAAACAUCAGGAACACAAGGCUCAAAGGGGCUCUUCGGACUGGAUCGAUCGAGUCCGAGCAGUCAAUAUCUUGGAGCCACUCAAGAUCCUUUGGCCCACCGGCGAGGGAUCUUCUCCCGCGCUCAGACGUAAUCUGGUCCUACUUGCUGCAGUGGACACUAUCCUGUUUGGUGUCGCAAUGGGAAGCAUGACCAUCAUUGUCAUCUACGCCCGCUACCAAUUCAACUGGGAAUCUUUCGAGUCUAGCAUCUUUCUGUCAAUCGUCAACACUUGCCGAGUGCUGUGUCUUAUCGUCGUCCUGCCGCUUGUGACUCGCUAUGUCCGCGGCAAAGCGAGCGAAACCAAGCAACGUAGCUCGGGUAGUGAUAGCUUUGAUCUGGUUGUCGUCCGUGUUGCUGUCUUCUUCGACACUUUGGGAUACCUUGGUUAUACUCUUGCACGUACUGGCCCGUUGAUGAUCCUUUCAGGCAGCAUAGCAAGCAUUGGGGGCAUCGGCUCACCAACUCUCCAGUCUGCCCUGACCAAGCAUGUACCUCACGAGAAGACCGGCCAGCUACUGGGCGCAUCUGGCCUGUUGCACGCCUUGGCCCGAGUCAUCGCUCCCACCAUUUUUAAUGCCAUUUAUUCGGUGACGGUAGGCAAAUUCACGCAGACAGUUUUUGUAUGCCUUACCGUUACCUUUGGACUCGCCUUCGUCCUCAGCUUCUUCAUCAGGCCACAUGUGUACCUCGAAAAGAACGUCCACCUCGACUCAGAGGAGUGA